CAAAAGAGCCAAUGCUACCUCCCCCGCUUCUACCGUUUACAGACCUGUCCCUCUUCCACCUUUCCUUCCUACAUCAUCUCCCUCCUUCUUUUGCAAUUCCUUGCUAUCUUUUCCUCUUCCCCCUCAUAUCUCAUUUGCGAUUCUUUCUUCUCACAGCUUCCCGUAGAUCUCUCCCUCCUUUUAUUUACUUUGCCAUCUCAAUUUGCAAUCUUGGUCAACUUCUUGUUGGUACGGGCGGCGUAUUGAUUUCUUAAAGAGUCUUAAAUUCUGUGGUUUAUGCACGCCAUUGGGAGCUGCUCUCUGCUGCUUGUGUUGUCCCAAACCAUUCCGUCGGCGCAAUAGCCAUGUCGUCCACGCUCGGAAGAAGCGGCUCUAGCCCGGCGGCGGUGGUGGCGGCGGCGGCGGUUGACACCAAGGGCCACUGGGUGCCGCACGGCCCCGUGCUGACGGCCGGCGUUGUGGGCGUCAACGUGCUCAUGAUCGCCCUCAUCUUCUUUUUGUUCUGGAGGUUCUUCUCCGGGAAAGAGGGGCCAUCCACCUCAGCCGACGCCGACGUCGACGAGGACGAUUCGCGGCCCGUGGCCUCCCCGUGGGCGUCCCGUUGGCGGCACGAGGACGACGACCUCGGCCCGCCGCCGCUGGAAGACGUGGCGCUAGCCGUGCCCGUGUACACCUACUCCAGCGCCGGCGCCGGCGACGACGGAGGGAAGCUGCUGGCGGACGAGUGCGCCGUGUGCAUCGUGGAGCUCCGCGACGGCGACUCGGCGCGCCUGCUCCCGCGGUGCGGCCACCGGUUCCACGCCGACUGCAUGGGCGCCUGGCUGCGGCUCCACGCCACGUGCCCGCUGUGCCGCGCCAUCGUCGUCGCCCCCGCCCCCGCCACAGGCGCCGUCGCCGGCGAGUCCAGGAACGCCAAGGACGACGACGUCGCCGCGGAUUGUUCCGUGUGAGGCGGCCCGCCCCGGCCGACCGACGCCGAGGCCGGCCAGCUCGCGAGCAAGCAAGUGGAUCGCGUAAAUGGCGGAAGGUGACAGGCACAGGCACCUUUCAGCGUCCGGCAUGCUCCUGAGGACCAGCUGGAAAAACAUGUUGGUGAGGCGAUCGAUUCCUUCGUCCUGUUCUGCUGCGUUGUUAAUUGCCAUGUAUAUUUCUGGAUGAUUUGGGAUUAGAUAUAUCGAGUCAUAUAUAUAUCUUGAUUGGAGUCUUCUUCUAUGUGUAUGUGAGAUCCGGGGGGAUUUCACUUCUGUGAGAUAGUAUGGGCAAAUUAAUAGCCUGUUUGAUUUGAGAAGAAAAAGGGGAACGAUGGAUCAUCCUAUCCGAUCCCCUUUGUAUAAUUCUGACGAAUAUUGAUUCUUCACUGAAAGCUUGUUGGAUGUUCAUCAUCA